AUGGCGAGUCGGGAGAAGGCGAGUAUUGCCGGCCACAUGUUCGACGUAGUCGUGAUAGGAGGCGGCAUCUCAGGAUUGUCUGCUGCCAAACUCUUGGCUGAUCAUGGCGUUAAUGUUUUAGUCUUAGAAGCCCGAGAUAGAGUUGGAGGGAGAACAUAUACUGUGAGGAACGAGCACGUUAAUUACGUAGAUGUUGGCGGAGCUUAUGUAGGACCAACCCAGAAUCGAAUCUUACGGCUCUCAAAGGAGCUGAGUUUGAAGACUUACAAAGUAAACAUCAGUGAGCGACUUGUUCAGUAUGUCAAGGGGAAAAUAUACCCAUUUCGGGGCGCCUUCCCUCCAGUGUGGAACCCCAUUGCAUAUCUGGAUUAUAACAACCUAUGGAGGACAAUGGAUAACAUGGGAAAGGAGAUUCAAGCUGACGCUCCAUGGGAGGCUCCGCACGCUGACGAAUGGGACAGGAUGACGAUGAAAGAUCUUAUCGAUAAAAUCUGCUGGACCAAGACUGCUAGGCAGUUUGCUUAUCUCUUUGUGAAUAUCAAUGUGACCUCUGAACCACAUGAAGUUUCUGCCCUGUGGUUUCUGUGGUAUGUGAAGCAGUGCGGGGGCACCACUCGAAUCUUCUCAGUUACCAACGGGGGCCAGGAGCGCAAGUUUGUAGGUGGGUCUGGUCAGGUGAGCGAGAAGAUAAUGGAACUUCUUGGGGACCAAGUUAAGCUGAGUCAGCCUGUCAGCUAUGUUGACCAGUCGGGCGACAACGUCAUCGUAGAAACAUUAAAUCAUGAAGUGUAUGAGUGCAAAUAUGUAAUUAGUGCCAUCCCACCAGCCUUGACUUCUAAGAUCCACUUCAAACCAGAACUGCCACCAGAGAGAAAUCAGUUAAUUCAGCGUCUUCCGAUGGGAUCUAUCAUUAAGUGCAUGAUGUAUUACAAGGAAGCCUUUUGGAAGAAAAAGGAUUUCUGUGGCUGUAUGAUCAUUGAAGAUGAUGAAGCUCCAAUUUCAAUAACCUUGGAUGACACCAAGCCAGAUGGAUCCCUGCCUGCCAUCAUGGGCUUCAUCCUUGCCAGAAAAGCACAUCGCUUUGCCAAAGAGCCUAAAGAAACAAGGAAGAAGAAAAUCUGUGAGCUGUACGCCAAAGUACUAGGAUCACCAGAAGCUUUACAGCCUGUGCACUACGAAGAGAAGAACUGGUGUGAAGAGCAGUACUCUGGGGGCUGCUAUACAGCUUACUUUCCCCCUGGGAUCAUGACUCAAUAUGGAAGGGUUAUUCGCCAGCCAGUAGGCAAGAUUUAUUUUGCUGGUACUGAGACAGCCACACAAUGGAGCGGUUACAUGGAAGGAGCAGUGGAGGCCGGGGAAAGGGCAGCCAGAGAGGUUUUAAAUGCUUUGGGGAAGGUGGCAAAGAAAGACAUCUGGGUUCAAGAACCUGACUCAAAGGACGUACCACCUGUGGAAAUCAUCCACUCCUUCUGGGAGAGAAACCUUCCUUCUGUGACAGGCGUACUGAAGAUCAUUGGGUUUACAACAUCAAUAACUGCCCUGUGGAUUGUGCUAUGCAAAUGCAAGCAGCUACGCAGACCCUGA